AUGGCGAACGACGAGGAGGAGCUGCAGAAGCUUUUUGCGCUGCAGGACAAGGCAAGGGCCAUCGAGUCUGAGAUUGCGCAGCUGAUCGAUGUCUUGGACAACAUGCCGGGCAAACCUGGUCUCAACGGUCGAUUGGUGGACAAGGAAGGAUUUCCCCGCGCUGACGUGGACGUUCACACGGCCAGGAUACAUCGCAACCGCAUCGCAUGCCUACAGACAGAUCACAAGUCGAUCAUGCAGCAAGUCGAGAAAGGCCUGUUUGAGCAUCAUUCGAGAGUGAAGGAGGGGAGAAUCGCGCCGAGACACUCGGCUCCCAUCGACUCAGCGGCGUCUCAUCGCUAUGCUGCGGUGGCGCCAGUCCUGGAGACUCAAAAGCCUCUCCGUCCCUUCGCUGUAAAACCUCCCUCACGCCUGCUCCUGGUCGUGGACGAAGUCUCCUCGGAUUCUCCAGCUCAGACUGCUGGACUUCAGGUCGGGGACAGAGUUCUGGCCAUCGGGGAUGUAGAAUGGACUGCCAUCUCCAGACAGGGGAUGCAAGCCCUUGCAGCGGCGGUGCAGGAGAGCAAGGAUCGAGACAUGGCGGUCGUCGUGAUGAGGGAGGGAGAAGCGAGGACGACGGAGCUGACGCUGAGGCCUCAAGUCUGGAGUGGACGAGGCCUGCUGGGGUGCCAUCUCAACCCGCUGCCCCUCUCAUAA